AUGGGUGAUGACAGGUUUCGGGUAGUGGUCCACCAUGGUGGGACCUUGAUCAAAGAAGUCCCUUUUAAAUAUAUUGGAGGGGAAAUAGUUUCUUGGGACGUAGACCCCGAUAUGUGGUGUUAUUUUGGAGUAUUAGGUUCACUUAAACACAUGGGUUACAUGCAAGUACAAGAAUUAUUUUACAAUGUACAACAUGUUUUACAUAAGCUUGAUGAUGAUAAAGGAGCUAUGAACAUGAUGAAUGUGGCUAAGUAUUUGGGGAAAGUGAACCUNUAUGUUGUGCAUGGGGUGGACGAAGCAACUAUAUUAGAAAAUGAUGAGAAUGAGAUUAUGUACCUAUGUGAAGGUCCUGCCGAGAGUGGUGAGGGAAGUGGCCUUGCUGGAGAAGCACAUGUUGAGGGUGGUGAUGAAGGAAUUAGUCAUGUAGUGGAGGGUGCAGUGGAGGUUGAGGAUGCACGGGAUGAUGAGAAUGAUGAUGCAUUGGAAGUUGAGAAGGAGGUUUUAGUGGAUAAUGAGGAUGACAAGGAGGAUGCAGAACAUGUUGAGGUUGAUGUGGAGAUUGACAAUGAUGAUGAAGUUGAGGAUGUAAGUGAAGAUUUAGUUGACGUGGAGAUUGAGGAUGCAGGGGAGGUUGAUAUUGAAGAAGAAGUGGAAGUGGAAGUGGAUGUGGACAGUGAUGAUGAAGUAGGAAUGGAAGGACUCAGUGGUGAUGAAUACGUGGAUGAUGACACUGAAAAAGAAACCCAAGAAUGUAGGGGUUUGUCAGAUGAUGAUUGGGAGUCUGAUAAGCUUUUAACUCCUGAAAAUAGUGAAAGUGAGGAGGAUGACAACAUUGACACAACCUCUGUAGGUCCUUACUCAAAAUAUGNNAAGGAGAAGUCCAUGGCAGAUUAUAAGUGGGAAGUGGGGACUAUUUUUACUGACAGGGAAGAGUUUAAGGAUGCUAUUAGAAGAUAUGCUGUUCAUGCUGGGAGGGAUCUAAAAUUUAUAAAAAAUGAUAACCGUAGGGUUAGGGUGGCAUGCAUGGGUGGGCAAGGGAAGUGUCCAUGGAUAGCUUAUUGUGGUUAUCUGCCUACACGCAAAAUUUGGCAAUNGAGGAAGAUAAUUGAUACUCAUAGUUGUAGUAGGCAACUUAAUAUUAAACUGAUGAAUGCUAAGUGGUUAAGUCAGGAAAUAGAUAGAUCUAUAGUUGACAAUCCUAAUUUAAAGGUGAAUGAUAUUCGUACNAAAGCAUUAAGAAAAUGGAAUACUAAUGUGUCAAUAUCGAAGGCAAGAAGGGCAAAGUUAAUUGCCACAAGACAAGUUGAAGGAGAUUUCAAAGAACAGUACAAAAGGGUUUACGACUAUGGACAUGAGCUUUUAAGGUGUAACCCAGGGUCAACUGUGCAGAUUAAAGUUGAUUCUCAUAAUGGUGACCAAAUCUUUCAAAGAAUGUAUAUUUGUCUGAAAGCUUGUAAAGAAAGUUUCAAAAGUUGUAGGCGCAUUAUAUGUCUAGAUGGAUGUUUCUUGAAAGGUGUUUACAAGGGGGAGUUGCUGACUGCUGUUGGUAGGGACCCAAACGAACAAAUGUUACCCAUUGCCUAUGCAGUAGUAGAAGUAGAGAACAAAGACAGCUGGACAUGGUUUUUGCAAUUGUUAAUUGAAGACCUCGGUGGCAGUGAAGUAUGUAGAGGGUGCACAUGGAUGUCAGACCAGCANAAGGGCUUGGUCCUAGCCAUUGAGGAGCUUCUACCUCGGGCAGAACAAAGAUUCUGUGUGAGACANCUUUAUGCNAACUUUAGGAAAAAGUUUGGUGGGCAGGUAUUAAAAAAUCUGAUGUGGAGGGCUGCAACCAGCACAUACCCCCAGGCUUGGGAAAGAGAAAUGCUCAAAAUUAAAGAAGUGAAUAUUGAAGCCUAUAAAUACCUCAUAGGCAUUGAACCAAGGUUUUGGUCAAGAUCAUGCUUCACAGGUCAAGCAUUGUGUGAUACACUAGAUAACAAUAUCACUGAAGCUUUUAAUAGUGUUCUUAUACAUGCAAGAGGAAAACCAUUAAUCACAAUGAUGGAGGAUAUUAGAGUGUAUGUCAUGAAAAGGUGGGGCAACAACAGAACCAAGGUGGCAUCUAUGGACUUCACCAUAUGUCCAAAGAUAAAGACCAGACUUCAGAAGGAAAGUAAUAUGUCUAGAUUUUGGUUGCCAAGUUGGUCUGNUAGAAAGAUUUUUGAAGUUAGGCACAGUUCANCCGUUGGGAANAAGUUCACACUGGACUUGGACACUAAAGAGUGCAGCUGCAGAAAGUGGACCAUCACGGGCAUCCCAUGCUGUCAUGCAAUUGCAGCAAUGAACUACUCCAAUGUUGAUCCAGACAGUUUUAUACCCACUUGCUUCAGUAGAUCCACCUAUCAGGAGGUGUAUGCGUCCAUAAUUUUCCCACUGAAUGGUCCUCAACUAUGGGAAACCACACCUUACAAUGANGUNCUACCACCACUAAUGAGGAAGAUGCCUGGUAGGCCAAAGAAAAAAAGGAGGUUGGAAGCAUGGGAGUUAACAAAGGACGACACUCAAAUGUCUGUUGGAGGGCAUAGGAAAAAGUGCACCAUUUGCCGUCAGAGGGGGCACAACAGGAAUAAGUGCCCUUCACGGCCCCAACCAACAGAAGCAACCCAGCCACCACCAACCCAGUCAGAAACAACACAACCAACCCAGUCAGCAGAAACAACACAACAAGCACCACCAACCGAGUCAGUNGAAACAACACAACCAUCACAACCACCUCCAUCUUCCCCAACCCCUCUACCAUCACAGCCACCAAGUCCCCAAUCAUCCCGUCGAACAAAAUUAAAUGUCAGAAGAAGAGAUGGAUAG